GUGGCGGGAUUUUCCCGGGCGGCGAGAGCGGUAUGGUGGCGGGCGAGGGUGGGCGUUAAGCCCCUAAUAUCCCUCCUUCUCCUCUUCCUUUCUCUCCAGUAGGGGAGGCCCACUCCCCGGCGUGAGUGAGAGGCCAGAGUGGGAGGCAGAGCGUCAGUGGGAGGGGUCCCGACGGGGAGGGGAGGCCCCUUACCCGGAUCCUUCUCCCUCCCGCUCUCCGUGGGCCGCUUCUGCGACCCCCAAGUCCGUGGCUGGCGCUCACCUGCUUUCCCCGGGUUGCAGAGCCGGCUUGGGGAGGGCGGGCUGCGUUCAGCCGUCGCAGGUCACUCCGGCGCGUCUCCUCAGUCUGCUCCGGCUUCUCCGCUUUCCGCGCUGCCCUCCCCUUUCCCAACUUGGGUCUGGAGAUGAGUUAGCCAGACGCCUCUGUGUUGUGAGGAUUGAGUUUUUGCUUUCACUCUGUCACGCUGAUGAGUGCGCCCUCCCCCAGGCCAGGGGGUUCCCUGGUUUCUUAUUUCACCAGAGACUGCAUCUACCAGUGAUUAAGACUGGAAAGAUGAAGGGAGAGACUGAGACUCUUUCUAUGUAUCACCCGCACAAAUAGAUCAUAAAGGCACAACGGGCACCAACCUGGUCAUUUAAUUUCUGGUUCCUGGAGGGGACAAAAAGGAAGUAUUGCUUUCCACAGCGGACGAUAAAUGAACUUUGCCACCAUAAGAGAUGGACGGGUCUGAAUUUAUAAAGAGGUUAAAAGGGCAUAUGACAGACACCUAGGGCUGCUUGGGAAACUCUGAGAGUUUGGGAGAUAGUUAACUCCCAGGGCUGGUGGUGGUGGGGAACUGCCACUGCUGAACAGAAGGACACUGCCCACCUGGGGGGUUUGGAUCUUGUAGUUGGUCAGCGUCUCUGCUGUAUGUUGGCUUUUCAAGAGUUCAUUAGUAGCUUGUGGAAUGCAACUAUAAGGUUUGAUUUAUUGCAGUGUUUUUCAAACUGAAUCCUAUUGGUGAGUUGGAAAUCAGUUUCGUAGAUCACGGCCAUUUAAAAUAUAAGAGGGUGUUGCACUUAGUAAGGGUAUUGUUUCUUGACACUUGCUUCAGGUGUACACACACGUGUGAGUGUAUUAGGAGGUGUUCUACAGGUGUUUCUGUAGGUCGCAGUGAGAAAAAUUUGAAAAGUAUUGGUCUCCUGUGCCCUUCUAUUUGCCUCCUUGCCUUUCUUCGCCUGAGUUUUCAGUCACUUAAAAUUGUCUGUGAGGAUGCAGUUAGCAUGCCAGGAAUAUACAGUAAAGACCAAGGUGGAUCUUCUUCACGGAGGUUACGGUGUGAGACGAAAGACAGUUCACUCUUCAUCACUAGAAAUACUGUACGUGCUAUUGAAAAACAAGGAUUUUAUUGAGGAUCUAUCUUGGGAUCCCAUGGCUUUCUUUACUGGGCUCUGGGGCCCCUUCACCUGUGUAAGCAGAGCGCUGAGCCAUCGCUGUUUCAGCACCACUGGGAGCCUGAGUGCGAUUCAGAAGAUGACGCGGGUACGAGUGGUGGACAACAGUGCCCUGGGGAACAGCCCAUACCAUCGGGCUCCUCGCUGCAUCCAUGUCUAUAACAAGAAUGGAGUGGGCAAAGUGGGCGACCGGAUACUACUGGCCAUCAAGGGACAGAAGAAAAAGGCGCUCAUUGUGGGGCAUUGCAUGCCUGGCCCCCGAAUGACCCCCAGAUUCGACUCCAACAACGUGGUCCUCAUUGAGGACAACGGGAACCCUGUGGGGACCCGAAUUAAGACACCCAUCCCCACCUGCCUGCGCAAGCGGGAAGGCGAGUAUUCCAAGGUGCUGGCCAUUGCUCAGAACUUUGUGUGAGUUGAGCCCAGGCCUCUGGUUGCAGGAUGACUUGUGAAUGGAGCAGUUCUGAGAACCACACUUUUGCUGAGAGAGCUUGGAAGCCACAUCCCUUCACACUGGGUAACAGUGUAGUAUCCUGUGAGAGAAUAAAUAUAUUCAUUUA